AUGGCCAACACAGAAAAGAAAUCAAUCGUCAUAAUUGGAGGAGGCAUAAUAGGCAGUACAACGGCCUAUUUCCUCACACGGCAUCCCAAAUAUGAUCCAUCAAAACAUUCAAUCCAUCUCAUCGAGGCGAACUCCAUCGCCAGUGGCGCUUCCGGCAAGGCCGGUGGUCUCCUGGCACUAUGGGCAUACCCCUCAUGCUUAGUACCAUUGAGCUUCAAACUUCACGCCGAACUGGCCAAAGAGCACGGUGGCACGGACCGCUGGGGCUAUCGUGGGGUUGGCGUUGGCCAAAUCGACUUGACUGGUCGACAAGUACGCAAUCAGCCCAAGAUCACAGCCAACGGCGACUCCAAGUCCGAGGACAUCAGAGGCCUACACAGACCAGAUGUCUCGAGUGACGGCAAUGUAAGUCUGCAAAAGAGAAGUAAAGAAUCAUACUCCAGCCUCCGCAAAAUGGGCCUACCCGAUGACCUCGACUGGGUCGCGGAAGAUUGUGUUCAGGGUUACGACAGUAUGGGCUCGCCACGGGACACGGCUCAAGUACACCCUUACCAAUUCACCACGUCCAUGGCGGCCCUUGCCGAGGAGAAAGGCGCCAAAGUCAUCAUCGGCAGUGUCGACAAGAUCGAAACCUCGUCGUCGGGAGAGCAUACAGUCCGAUACACUGACAAGGAGAACAACUCGCAAAAGUCACUGCCGGCAAGCGAUGUGAUCGUCACGGCGGGCCCAUGGACCAAAACUGUCUGGCCAGGCUCACCAAUCGGCGCACUUCGGGCUCACAGCGUGACAAUCCGUCCGUCGCACCCCGUGUCGGCAUAUUGUCUGUUCACACAACUUGCCCUGCCCAAGAACUUCAAGGAGGGCGUCAAGUCGCCCGCCAUGCACGUCAGCCCCGAGAUUUACGCGCGGCCAAACAACGAACUCUACGCGUGCGGCGAAGGCGAUCACCUUGUCCCCUUGCCCAAGAGUACUGCUGAGGUCGAAGUUGAUGACUCACGGUGCCAAGAUAUCGUGGACUACUGCGCUAGUUUCUCGGACGAAAUGCGCGAUGGUGAGGUGCUCGUGAGGCAGGCUUGUUAUCUGCCUCAAGUUGAGACUGGUUCUGGGCCGUUGGUAGGACACACAAAUACGAAAGGUGUUUAUCUUGCGGCUGGGCACACGUGUUGGGGAAUUCAGAAUGGUCCGGCAACAGGGAAAUUGAUGAGCGAAUUUAUUUUUGAUGGCAAGCCGCUGAGCGCGAAUAUUAGUAGUUUGGAUCCGAGGAGGGCGUUGAGAUGA